CUUGUAUAGAUGCUAAAUAUCAAGUUUUUAAUGCUAAAAACAUUAAAUGAUUUUUUUGUAAUUUCUUCGAUUUUUAAUGUUUAUUAAGAGAAAUUGAUAAUAUUUUUUGACAAAUUAUUUUUGAUUACAAUAAAAGUUGAAGAUGUCAAUAAUAUUCAAGAUUUCUGAAGAAGAUUCACAUAUGUAAAAUCUAUUAAUCUGGAAAUUAAUAGAGAGGGAAUAAACAAAAUUUAACGACGCCAUCUAUCCAAUGAUAAAAUUUAUAUUAUGUAGUACUACUAAAUAACUAGUAGAUGGCAUCGCAUUGUAUUAUUUCUCUAAUAGGUUAUUGUUUCCUUACAGUUCUCCAUUCUAUUAUUUUUUAACUUUGUGAUAUUUGUUAAUAAAGAUAUUCUAUUGUGAUGAUAGUAAUCUGUCAAAAUAAUUCAAUGAUAAAUUCUUUUUUAAAUUAAUAUUGUAAAUUUUAAAAUAUCAAAUAUAUAUAAGAACAUUUAUAUACAAUAAUCAAAAUGCCAGAAACAACGGAAGAAGAUAUGGGAAUGUCUGUUCGUUUAACGAACGAUGAUUUCCGGAAAUUAUUGAUGACACCAAGAGCAUCUGUUCCAUCUGCUACUCCAGCUUCUGUACCUGGAACUGCUCGAGAUGCUAAUGCAAAAACUGCACAAACACCGAAUGUUAGUGGUGGCAGUCGUGCAGAAUUACGAAGGAAAAAAAAAAGUUUUUAUGCCAAAUUAAAAAAACAGGAAGAAGAUAAAAUGGCAGAAUUAGCAGAGAAAUAUAGAGAUAGAGCUAGAGAACGUAGGGAUGGUACAAAUCAAGAUUAUCAAGCAGAAGAUCCAAUGAAUAGUGCCAGUGCAUAUCGUGCAGUUGCGCCAGAUUUAAAAUCAGGAAUGGAUGCAGCUGAACGUAGAAGACAAAUGAUUCAACAAUCAAAAUUCUUAGGUGGUGACAUGGAGCAUACUCAUUUAGUAAAAGGAUUAGAUUAUGCUCUUCUUCAAAAAGUACGUAGUGAAAUAGAAGCAAAAGAACAUGAACAGGAACAGGAAAUGGAAAAAUUGGUUAAGCCAAAGGAUAAAAAGGAUAAAAAAGAGGGAGAAAAGAAAGAUGAUGAAAUGCAGUUUAAAACUAAAAUAGGACGCAAUAUUUAUAGAACAAUUAUAACCAUGAAAUCUAAACAGAUUGAAAGAAAUGAAUUAUUUACUCCUGGCCGCAUGGCUUAUGUAAUUGAAUUAGAUGAUGAAAAUACAGAUGUGGAUAUACCAACUACUCUCAUUAGAAGCAAGGCAGAUGUACCCACUAUAGAUAAUACUCCUACUUUAACAACAAAUGAUAUCGUAAUAAACAAACUGGCACAAAUUUUAUCUUAUCUCCGUCAAGGUAAUCGUCAUGGUAAAAAAGGAAAGAAAUAUAAAGAUGGUAGAUCAAGACCUGAUGAUAUGAACGACAUGGAUAUUGCUCCAAGACCGCAGGACGAAAGUAUUUAUGGAGAUAUUGGUGAUUAUGUUCCAACAAUUAGUAAGAAAGAUCCAAAUCAACCGCGGGAAAAGAAAAAAGGUUCUUAUUUUGAUAAACCAGAGAAUGGUUUGGAUACGGAUGAUAAAGCAAAUACUCCCCAAUUGCCAAAUGUUGCAUCUUCCAAUUCAGAUAAUAAUGCACCAAAAAAAGGUGCACUCCUUAAUAAAUUAGCUGCUGAACCAGAAGGAUAUGCAGAAUGUUAUCCAGGCUUGGAUGAGAUGCAAGAUGCUAUAGAUGAUUCGGAUGAUGAAGUAGAUUAUACCAAAAUGGAUCUUGGUAAUAAAAAGGGUCCUAUUGGCAGAUGGGAUUUUGAUACACCUGAAGAAUACAGUGAAUAUAUGAAUAAUAAAGAAGCCUUACCAAAAGCAGCAUUUCAAUAUGGUGUAAAAAUGGCUGAUGGCAGAAGAACAAGAAAAUAUAAUAAAGAAAAGAAUGAAAAAGCUGAAUUAGAUAGAGAAUGGCAGAAAAUUCAGAAUAUUAUGAAUAAAAGAAAACCCACGACAGUAUUGGAUGGUACAUCAGAAUUCAAAGUUCCAAGAUAUUAAAUAUUCAAUCUGUAUAAAUUUGUUUUCCCAAUUAAUUUUAUUUCGUUAAAAUAAUAAUAUUAUAUGUAUAAUAUAUAAAUAAUAUAUAAUAGUAUAUAAUCGAUUUGUUCGUGAUUAAAACAUGUACAAGAUCAGGGAUAUAAUAAAAGACUGUACAAUAUUUUUAAA